UUCAAUGUAGACAUUAAUGUAGACAUUAAUGUCAAACAUUAAUGUUAUGAAAAAAAAUCUAAAAGAUAAAAAGUUACAGUUGGUGUAAAAGUUACAGUAUUUUUCUGUAGUAAACAAAACAGGACAUAGCAAACUACGUAUAUGACAACAAAUCAAAAGAGAUAAACUAGUCAAAACAACUGAGACACGGGAUGUUUACACGGACUUGUUUACCAUUUAGAUUGAGCUCCCUCUCUCAGACGGAGCUCCUCUGAGCCAGUCACAUGGACCCUGGUCUCUGCCCAUUCUGCCACUUCUGUCACUGUUAGAGGGGACACAGUGCCCACUGGGACAUGUGACACAUGCUCUGGGUAGGAGGGGGGCAUUUCUGUGAAAAGAUCCGAAGGCAGCAAGCAGGCAGGAAUGUGUGCUCUGGAUGGUGGAAAGGAUCGGAUGUCAUCAGCUGUGAGGGGCUGGUAUAAAGGACAGAGCUGCUAGCUCUCAACCAGAAUAGAUAUCGGCAUUUCACAAGUGACAGUGCACACUAAGGAUAAGAUCAUAGAGCCUUUAUUUUAGUUACAUUUUGAAACCAACAGAGAGCAAGUGAAGCUCUUAGUUUGUGUAGCUGUAAGCUGAACUUUUCCAUUAUGGACGUCCAGAGGACAGGAUCUAUGGUUCGGCCCCCGAGCCCCAUGGAUAGCCUCGAGAAGCAGCUGAGCUGCCCCAUCUGCCUAGACAUGUUCACCAAGCCUGUGGUCAUCCUGCCCUGCCAGCACAACUUGUGCCGUAGUUGUGCCAGCGACCUCUACGACUCGCGCAACCCAUACCGCUUUUCUGGUGGGGUCUUUCGCUGUCCUACCUGCCGGUUUGAGGUUGUGCUUGACCGCCAUGGUGUGCAUGGGCUCCAGCGUAACCUGUUGGUAGAAAAUAUUAUUGACAUCUAUAAGCAGCAGCAAGAAGGCAGUGGCAGUGGAAACACAGAAACCACCCUGAAGCCUAAAGAAUCCAAAGAACCGAUGUGCCAAGAACAUGAGGAUGAGAAAAUCAACAUCUAUUGCGUGACCUGUCAGGUACCCACCUGCUCCAUGUGCAAAGUGUUUGGCCAGCAUAAGGACUGUGAGGUGGCACCUUUAGCAAGUGUUUACCAGGCCCAGAAGGGUGAACUGAGUAAUGCUAUUGAUACCCUGGUGGCCAGCAAUGGACGCCUUCAGGCCCUGCUCAACCAGAUGGAAGAUGCCUGCCGUGCUGUGCAAGAGAAUGCUCAGCAUGCUAAGCAAGGGCUAGCUGAACGCUUUGACCUGUUAUAUGCUGUACUGGAAGAGCGCAAGACCAUUCUACUAGAGCAGAUUGGUAAAGAGCAAGAUGAAAAGGUGGCAGCUCUGCGGGCUCUGGCUCAGCGUUAUGGGGAACGACUGCAGGCUAGCACAGAGCUCACAGAUACAGCUGUGAGGGCACUGGAGCAGGGUAGCGCUGCCGAGUUUCUGGUAGCCUCCAAGGGCCUUAUCACCCAGACCAAAGAUGCAGCUAAAUGCUCACUGGGGGAAGAGAGGCCAGAGCCCGGCUUCGAGAAGAUGGACCACUUCACUUUGUCGACAGAGCAUGUUGAAGCAGUCCUGGCAAAAAUGGACUUUGGAGUGGUUGAUGAUGAUGAUUUUGAGGAUGCAGAGGAGGAGGAGGAGGAAGAGGAGGAGGAAUAAUGACAAUGGAAGUGGUUAUGGACUAGUAGGAAAUGCUGUAAUUUGUGCCUUUGAAAGUUUUUUUUUUGACACGUGUUUAUGGCAGGGACUCUGCAUUUGAUGUUGAAAGAAAUAUAAGGUAAUGGGCAUAAAUGGCUUGCCCUUUCAGUGCAAUAUUUAAUUUCAAUGUCGUAUUCGUACAUUUUCUUAACUUCUUUUUAUACUUUUGUACUUCUGAACCAGUUAAAUGGAAAGAUAGGUCUAGAUAAAUGUAAAUGUCUGAAGACUGAUCACACUUCAUUUUCCUCAUAUGUAGGUUAGGGAAGUAGGUAGUUGUGUUUUUCUCACUUUGUCUAACUGUGUGUUUAAUUGGUGACCAGCUGAUCUGCCUGUAAUCACCAAAUCUGUCUUUAAUGGAAUGUGGAAUAAAGCUGCAUGAAGUUAA